GACUGAUCGGUCGCAGCAUCCUGCAAAGUGAGCGGCUCAAACAUCUGUCCCCGGUCAGUUGGCAUGGCGCAAUGGUGGAAGUUGUUAUGAAUGUAGAGGCAACGCUAGAGCGAUCCCCCCGUUCCUUUCUAUUCCUCUCGUUCUACCUCAGCGGCCUGGUGCGCGGGACGUCCCGCAACACCGAGGGCCGUCAUCAUACAGCUGGUCGUCUCAGGAGGAUGACCAGAACAUAAAAGCACCAUCCUCCCCCGGUUGUGCCAUGGAGCAAGAAGGCUUCCUGUGCACCCGCAACAUCACCACUCGAGAAGACCCAUCUGCCCCCACCCAAACCCCCUUGGCCCCAGGCGACCAUGCCUCACAGCGUGAGAGAUGACAAAGCUUCUGGGGACCACAGUCAAUGCCGACACCAGGUCACUCCCCCUCCGUCCAGUCAAUCUGGGUCCUCCUCACAGGAGGAAUCGCCCAUGCUGAAGGCUUGGGAAGCCGAGCAUAACCCCAGCAACCUCACCAUCACCGAAACGCUUUUCCAGAGCGGGUUGACGAGUGCCCGCACUGGGGCUUGACGCACCGCCCGCAGCAUCGGUUUGGGGUUGCUUUCGAGGCCGAGAGCGUGUUGUGAUGAGGACAAGAUUUUUGGCGUUCAACGUCUUGACAACGAUAUCCGUUGUCGUU